AUGGCUGCCAAAACGGAGGACCCAUUUACCGACCCGUCAACUACGACUCCAAAGCCACCUGGGGCCUCUCGUUUCUCAAGUAUGGAGCCUCCACCCCAUCUCUCGUUACCCGCGUCUUCGCCUUCCCAGGUGAAGCUUACACUGGAAGCUCACCUGCAGGAGGUGAAUAAGCGAAUUGAAACCACUGCAGUACUGGGCCGGACGUUACUUGCACAACAGCAGCAGAUCGAGGCGAGGAUGAAAGAAGUAGAGGAGGCGGGGGAGCAAAUAGAUCCCAAUCUUAAGAAGAAAUUAGUGGAACUGGAGAAGGAAUACAAUGAGGUCGGGCGGGAGAGUGCUAGGGCCGUUCUGACAAACAAGAUUAUGGCAGGAAAUGGUGGGAAUAGUGGAAACACUUCGCCUUAUGGAAUUGGGAAUGUGAGUUUAGUUUGCGGCUUGUGCUAUCCGUAUAACUUGGUUUUUCUUGCCGGGAAGUUUUAGGCUUUGAAGCUGACAGGUUUUUUCAUUUGGUUGCGCAGCUUACCGGUUCGCCGUCUUCCACCUUACAAACACAGGGGACUGGUUCGCCUAGCAAGCUUUCUGUUCCCCCACGUCGUCAACGGAAUCAACCUUCACAGCAACACGACUUGGACUUGAAAUUUGCCACGGACCUUGGGCAAGAGCUCAUUGUUGAUGUUCGCCGGUUACGGGGUUUGCUUUUGGAGCGCGAAGAGAGCUUGAAGGACGUUUCAACGGAAAAGUCGAGGCUCGAGCAGCAUGUGGAGAAUUUAGAGUCCCGAUUGAAAUCACUUGAUGAGAGUGAGCAGAAAUUCAAGGAAGAAAAUUGGAAUCUUGAGCUCGCUGUCCAGGAUUUGAACAGUCAGGCUGCCACACAGAGGGAUACGGAGACUAAAUUACAUGCCCAAAUUUCGCACAUGGGGCAUGAGAAAAAUAUGGUGAUUAGGGAGCUCGACGACUGGAAGCACCAAAAUGAGAAGCUCUACGAGGAUUUGGAGGCAGAGCACAAGCAUCACGAGGUUGAGCUUGCGGCUAUGAGACGGAACCUGGCUACGAACGAGGGCGAACGUCAGGCUCUGCAGAUUAAGGUUGAUGAGCUGAAGCAACAGCUGGAGGAAAUCCAAAAGAAUAGCCUUCGAUUACGCCAAUUGGAGCAACGGCCUGAUGGGGAGGAUGCACUUAAUAAGCCUUUUGACCUGCAGCCUACGGAAACCACUCCCGAAAACUCACCCCCUCCUUCACCGACUAAGCAGACACCUAGGCAUGCCAUGCUCGAAGCCGAGACCGUGAGGUCAAGUCUUAAUCAUGCACACAGAAUGAUUGCCACUCUCAAGAACAAUGUGAAUCGGGAAAGGGGUGAGAAGGCAGAACUCAAGCGCAUGCUCCAGGAGGCUAGGGACGAGUUGGAAACGGCGAGAAACAGCUUGGGCAAUGGCCCAUCUGUUAGUGUUGGAAAACGGCGAAAGAAUGACGGAUUCUUCAGAAAGCCCAUUCUCCGCCCGAAUGUAAACCCGGGUCUCCUUGGUGGGCCAAGAAAGAGCAGGGACGAAGUGACAAUGGUCGAGCCGCCUGUCGAAGAGGAGUGGGAAGAGACUGAGGCUCUUGAAUCCGAACCUCCACGUACACCGCGUGGGCAGCAAGGAAAACCAACUUUCGACCGAGGGAGCGAUGAUCGUGACGCGACCGAUGCCUUUGAAACUGCUGAUGAGCGUGGUGCUAAUGCUACGGAGACUGAGGCCUUCCAGACUGGCAAUGAGAGCCCUAUGGCUGAUUAUCCGACAUCUGCUGAUGAGCUCACCGAAACUGAGACCAGUCCCACACUCAAAUCGAAGGCUUCACGUGGAUCGGCGUUCAGCGUGCGACCCUGGGGACCAAUCAAGAGCCGUUAUCGUGAUAGUGUUGCUUCCACUGGUUCAACUGAAGAUGAUGAUGACCAUGGAUAUCGCUAUGGAAGUUUCGGGCCUGGUAAUGAUGGUAUGGAGGGCUCGUCUGAGAUGAUGGUUGGCGGAAACCACCCGGCCAACCCGCGCCUAAAAUUGAGGAUCAACAGAGCCCGGGGCAGAGGUGGAUCCAGAAUUGCAUCAGGGAGCAGUUUGUUCAGCGACAGGCCAAUGUCCACGGAUUCAAGCCCAGGGGGAGGGCCACCGGCUGGCGCGCGGCGGGAGCUGUCCAUACCCGGUGGGCGAAAGAGCUUGUUCGCAGAGUUGGGCGACACUCCAAUGUUGGGUGCUGAUGGUGAUGAGGAUGAGGAUGAGGAUAUGGAGGAACCUGAUACACCAACCAAGAGACUUCUCCCGUAUGUCCAGAUGGUCGAUUGUUCUGUCAUGACCGAGGAACCGUACCCAGAUCAACAGCAGCAGCAACGGUUACCCGGUGUCUUUGAUGGGCAUGAGCGGCCGUGGACUACCGGUACCGCCAAGGAGACACCCCCGACUGUUUCGGUUGGAAUACAGUCAGAUCCCGAGCCAGAUGUCGUAAAACCGAAGAUGGCCGAUGCAGCGGUUCAAAGUCUGGAGGAGCUUAAGCAUGUUGUCAGUAGGGUCGGGGUCCAAUCAGAUGAAGUUGUAGCUCAGGCUGCCGAGACCGGAACUCAGUUUGGUGAAAAGUCAAAUAGGAGGAAUGCCACUGCACCCCUUCCUCUGCCGGUUGUUGUGCCGGGGGCCCAUCGGCCGGUUGUGAAGGGUACAGAAACACACUAUGACCCAGAACUGGAGCCGGUAAGCAAAGCUGGUAGGAGCUUGUUGCCCACGCCCGUGCCUCUUCCGUUCGUCGUUCCCGGUAAAGGCAGUUCGGUGUCCCCGCCAUUAGCAAGGAGUGUGAGGAGUGUUGAAACUCAAUUUGAGUCCGAGCUGGCGGCUAUCGAUACUAGAAAUGUUUCCCCAACUGUUGGAAGUGGUACACAAGCAGUUCCUGAGGAGGACCUGUCACCCGUAGUCCGUGCUGGGACCAGCCAGAGCGAACUAGAAGAGGCGAUUGAGAGAGCAAUGAUGACCUCAGCGAAAGAGGGCGAGAUCGUACCCAUUCCACCUCUUGAGUUCUCUCAAAUUAAUACACAGGCCACUUCUCCCAUCGACCCCCCUACCCCUGUCAAAUCUCCACGUGCAAUUCCCCCUGUCCCUGUUCCUGCCGGAGGCGCUGAUGCAUCUGGUUCGCUCGAUGAGGAAACACCGAAGAAGGUUUCUGAGACUGUGGAGGAUUCGCACCCGAGGCCAUCAACCCCAAGCCCGUCAACCACUACUACACCUGAGAGGGCGGGAUUCUUUGGAUCAGUGUUUGGUGGUUGGAGGAGGAGCGGGUCUACUGCGUCGAAGCCGGAGACAUCCAUUCCUGUUGAAAAUGACAAGCCCCAAGCUGCAAGGAGCCUCACUAAGACCGACUUUGCAAAGACACAGGCUGUACGUGAGGCACCCGAGGCGACGCAAGAGACACAGGGGGCACGUGAGGUACGGGGGGCACAAGAGACAGCAGAGACACUGGAAUCGGAGGGCCCACCAGAGCCGCAAGCACCACCACCGCCCCCACCGGUAUUGCAGGCAGCACAAGAACCGAUAGUGCCACAAUUGCCAAAGGCGGUUCCUAUGUCGGACCAAAUUGUACAGACGGAUAUAACAUCGGAAUUCAUUGACGAGUUGUCCCAGAAUGCAAAGAGGCUUGAUAAGGGUAAACAGCCAGCAUAUAUGGUCGGUGCUGGUGAAACUGGUGUCAACACAGACAAAGCUUCAAUGCGGGGGGCAAGUCUGCGAUCAGGAGCCUCACAGGAAAGUAUCAGCCGUACCGGUGUUAGGAUCGCCGGAGCAGCUGCAAUUGGUAGCGAGCCUCCUCGGCCGAAUCCCAAUGCUGCGCUAAGACGCCCCGGGAGCUCAUCUAGCAUGCGGGAUAAUCGUAAUGCUCACCCUCCUCUCCCACAGGAUCACAAGGAGGUUAUUGCAGCAGCGCAGCAGAAGGUUUUUGCACCACAUGAGCCCGGAUUAAUGGGACCGCCUCCAGUGCCCCCAUCAAGUGCCGGACAUAAAGGAGGUGUGACCUUUAGACCCAGAACUCCCGGUCAAGAUGGUCCAUCGCGGCCACCAGAGACGCCAAGCUCCAGGGGUGGUACCACGCCUCGGCCGAGAUUCUCUACCACGAGAAGCGAGGUUUCAUCGCCUACAUCUCGCCGAUCAUCGCUUUCUUCGUUCGUAUCUGAGAUCGACGAAAGGUUCAACAUGCAAGCACAGAACACCAAUGGCUCAGCAGGCGGGCCCGAAAAUGCCACAGAUCCCCGGAUGAUUCAAGCCAUUACCCAGACUAUGAUAGGAGAGUAUCUCUGGAAGUACACAAGGGUUACAGGACGCGGAACCCUAUCCACAAGUAGACACAAGAGAUUCUUCUGGGUUCACCCUUAUACACGAACACUUUAUUGGAGUGAUCGGGAUCCUACCAGUGGCGGAAGGGCCGAACUAAGGGCGAAGAGUGUGGCCAUUGAGGCAGUCCGAGUUGUUACUGAUGAUAACCCGAUGCCACCCGGAUUGCAUAGAAAGAGUUUGGUUAUUGUUACGCCUGGAAGAUCAUUGAAGUUUACAGCAGCUACGGGGCAGAGGCACGAAACAUGGUUCAACGUAAGAGACCCCUGGUUUACCUCAUGUGGAUUUAGACCGCUGACUAGAUGAAUAGGCCCUUUCAUAUCUUUUGCUAAGAACUGGCGGUGGAGUCGAUGACGGGGAUGGUGUCACUGCUGAGGACGUCAAUGAUUUCAACCCGGGUUAUCAAGGUGCCGGGCGUGGGGCUAUCAGUGUGUCUUCUUUCAACUCUCGAACAACUCAUGGCUCCUCACCACCCCCUCGAAACCUUUCUUCGCUUUCUAACCGACGGCCUGGAGAGAGUUCAAUGCGUCAAGGUAGUAUGUCUAGACUGAGCAACAUCUUUAGGACUACUUCUGGGUUGGCAACUUUUAGCACCCGAAGUAGCCGGCAUAACGCUAGCAUAUAUGACGCUAGUGAAGUGAAUGAUUCUGCCGAAGAGUUGAGGCUUCAAAUUGAGCGGGAAGAGAGAGAGACAGACCGAUUAGAGAACGUCCGAGCCUGCUGUGAUGGUACACAUAUAUACCCCUGCCCCGCUUACAGGAAGAUAGUCUAACCAACACACCCCAAAUAGGAAAGCACGAUGUGAGCACCCUCACUACAAAGGGUAGAAGAAGCACACAAAGUGCCAGAGGAAGGGGUGAGCAUAAUCACACCCAUGACCAUCAACCCCACGCCCACACUGUGAAUGGCCACGAGCGUAGCUAUUCACACAGCUAGGACCUGGCCGACCGGGAAAUCGGAUCAGUCUCCCCUCCACCCGCAGUACCCCGUUUAUUCUUCCUUUUUCCUUGCUACGGUUUUAUAUCCGGCUUCUGUGUUCUUCCGUAGUUCUUGUCAUUCUAGGGGAAAUUGUCUUGCUCUCUUUUUUCCUUCCUUCUCUUUGAAUCAGUCAAUCACCUCCGAAAUAUCUUGAGAUCUUCUCUCUUCUCAUCAUUUUCUUUUCUCUUGAAACCCAUUCCCACAGUCUUCACGACACCCACCACCCACAUUCAUCAAAAACCCAGAAAAAAUCUACCUCUUCAUUUUCCUUUCUCCCUUUUCUUUUCCGUUAAAAACGCAAUCGUAAUUCUACCUCUUUUCUGCACGACCUUUUCCUUCUAUUUAUCCUUUCCCUCUCCAAUUCAUUCCAUGAUACCGCUGUCGCAUAAGUCUAUUAGUCACCGAUUUUCUUUCACCCUCCCCCCACACUACGAGUAUCACCGCCACCGGAAGGGGAGACAAAAACUGCUGCCAUAGCUCGCUCUUCUGAAGAUAGCACUUUUUCCUUUUUCAACCCUGUGUUUUGUUAUUGCAUUCUUUGCCUCCCUCGGAGGGAGGGUAGCAAGGAGCGAGAUUGCUAAAAGAGAUGACUUAACACGCCUCUCUUUUUUUUUUCCUUCUUGUUUGUCUCGUUUUUGUUUUCUGUGUUUGACAUUGCCUCUUCCCAUCCCACCAUCAGUGAAUUUGAUAAAAGCACAGCAUAUUUCGAAGCACAGCUUACAUUACAGAUUGCUUUCUUUCGUAUUACCUUUUUUUUUUUCAGUGCCGAGGGAGUUGUUGAUGGCCCACCCCUUACCCUUCACUUUUUUUUUCUUUUCCUUUUGCACACCCUCUCGCACUCUUGUUUUUGGUUUGGGAUUUGGCUCGGUUUGGUUUGGUUUGGUUUGGUUGGUUGGGUUGGGUUGGGCGGGAUAGUAUGGGAUGGUGGGAGUGGCGCAUCGUAUACUGUCCGCAGUUGCUCGUGGGAAGGAGGGACAAAAGGGGGGAGGAGGGGAGUUUUAUGUGUUUAUGAAUUUAUCAAGAUUGCGAAUUUGUAUAGAAGGUUUUUUUUUUGUGAUCGAUUGCUUGGGUUGGGACGGCGGCGAGUGAUUGUGAGUGAUUGUGGGAUGGGACUGUGGGACUAAUCGGGAGUAUGAUAUAGUACUAUACUCGCGGUUAGUCUCGUUUCUGAGACGGGGGAGGGCAAUUCUAUCGAUUGUGUUGUCUAUGAUAUCGCGGUAUCAUGAUGACCAUUGCCCUUUUCCUUUUCCGAACAGUGUCCUGAAGGGACCCGGCAUGCACCAUGUGCAAACAGUAGUCUAGCAACGCCUGCGAUACAACCCAUUUGUAUGAUACAAGAGUACCUUCCACAUCUCAUACCCUCUUCCCCCCCCCCCACACUCACCUAUCGCCAUCCUCACCCUUCACACACACCCUCCC